GUUCGGAAUGGGCCGGAGUCCAGUUCCAGUCCAGUUCCUCCUCCAUUUCGUGCAGGAAGGGCAGCGCUGCUGUGCGUGGCCGGGCCCUGGCAAGGCCCUGACCGGGCGCGGCCUUUCAGCAAUGAAGAAGAAUAUAAUUUACUGCUGGGCUGCAAGUACAAGACGAUGCCGGAGGGAGGGACAGAGAUGAAUGAUCUCCCCCCUCCCCCGAGCUGUUGUUGUUCUCCCCCAUUCCAUACUGGAUGAGCAACUUGUACUGACCCGCAAGUCGGAUUGCUGCAGUGUUACUGUGAGAGAGAAGCGGGGCUUGAAGCCUUCUCAAGGUCUUUGGAAAAGCAUUUAAGGGCUUUUGGAAUGCUCUUCCUGUUUGUCGAGAAGUGUUCGGAAACUGGGUGGUCGUUUCGCUGUUUUCAGAGCAGGGAAUGAUCUUAAAUGUUUUUUUUUUGUCACGUACUCAAGUACGAGGAGGGGGUCUGCCUAACGAUCUCCUACACCUGAGGUGUGUGAGGCAAUUUGCGAGUGUAGUGAGCUGGUUAGUGUGUUUGUAGACAUCCUUUGUGAGGGGUGGAAUUCACUUUGGUGCACUACUGCACCGUAGCUUCUUUGAGGUAGGAGAGGAGCGGUGGGUAGGGUGCGGACAGAUCGCGAAGGGGUGAGAGUGAUGGCGAUACGGGGCGGGAUCUGCAGUGAAACGUGCUGCAUGAGGAGACAAGAGCUUGCUUUAAUCUCCGGAUCAAGCGAUAUAGUGUCAGUAUGAGUAUGUGUAAGUGAGGGAGAGAGAGACACACGCACACAGAAAGUGAGAUUGAAAAUGGUGAUGCGGAGUGGCUACUCGCAGAGCUAGAAACUGCAAACUGCUGAGUGUGGAAGGAAAUUGUACAACUCAAAAGCUGUGCCCAGAUUUACUCGUAGUCCUCAUACACCUAUGAUCCCAAUCGUCCGCCUUUCAAACUUGAAUUUAUUACAAAUCUGGGGAUCUCCUACAAAUUCUGUCGUGUGGAAUUUUUUAGGAUUUGGAGGAAAACUCUUUCGUGUGUGCGCUUCGGAACGUGCCGUGUGCUUCAAAUCUCAGAGUAGUAUAAUAUCCCCUUCACCGGUUUCUGAGUUGACUGUAGGGUGGGUAGAGAACGACUGCAAUGCGUUGUGCGAUUAAUGCGAGCAGCUUCUGGAAGCAGGAGGAUUAGAAAUUUGCGGCAGAGUACGGGCUCGGAGACAUGUGACUGAAGAAGAGAAUCUGUGAGGGGUGUGAUCUGUCUACAAGGAGAUCCGAAGGGGGAUUAAUACUGGCGUGCAGAGUUCUGCCUUCAGUCGUGGGGUUAACCCUUUCGUUCGAGUCGUAGUGAUGAGCGCAACAGAGUAGCAACAGAUUCAGAACCAGAGUUAUGACUAAGCGCAUGCCUGAAGAGAGGUGGUUACAACUGCAAUUCAAUAUUUGUCAAGGCCCUGAGUCAUCAUCAUUACCAUUACGAUUCUGAAGGAACUGGAAACUGCCAGCGCCGCGACGCUGCAGCAGAAGCAGCAGCAGUCCGGGCUGUUGGUUACUUCCUUGUACAAUUACCAAUUCAAAAACCUCAUUUUUCACCCAUCUCUUUUCGAGUGUUUUCCUGCCACAAGGUGAUUGAUUCCCUCCCGCCCGUGAGUAGUCGGAUUGCAAGAAUCAUGCGGUAUCAAGAUCCUGCUGUGGCAGUCCCGAGAUCAGGUUGACUUGGAAGGAAACUGACGUGAUGAUUGGUAAUUACUGCAGGUUGUACGUAUCAUCGAGUACCAAGGAUUUUGAGGAUUUCAGGGUAGCCUUGCCAGUACCCUUGAAAACAAUAUGGGACCUCCUGUUAAUUCCUUUCGAGAAGAUCGUACGUUUGUGUUGAUGAAAUUAUGGUCUUGAGGCUGUCUUUCCCAAGCAACACUUCAAAAUGGUGACUAUAGAAUGCAGUUUUAAGACGAAGUUGAGGUUUGAGACAACGUCGAGCCUGAGCGGACAGGUGGUGUGUUCAUCUCAAAGCAAAGACGCCACGCAAGAAUCGGACAGGUCACGCAAUCGAAGUAGGUGUAGAUAAUAUGGUCGGGGUUCGAUUUUGAAUUUUGAUGGCUCCUUCGUAAGCAGUCAAAUGCAGGAUAUUUUUUUGGGUUAGGUGCAUGUUCGUGCAUCGAAUCCUGUGACGGGCCCAUCUCACCCGAUUGACGGGGCAAAAAUGUCUAGUUUAUUGGACCGGCAGCCCUCGUCGCCCAUGAAGCUGAAAAUCUGGUUGACUCCACACUCGGGGGACUGCAUCAGCGUUGUCCGCAAGAGGUCGCCCUGUCGAGCAUAAAGAAGUGCCUUGGCAGCCUCUUCGUUGCUGCCAACCAGCAGUUCAGUUGGACGCAGUGCAGGGGAGGGAUUGACCAUCGCUUACUGAGACGGACUAUUCAGGCAAACAAUCUAGUUAAGCACUCGAACGUAAGGAGAUGGAAUUCAUAAAACAACCUGGCUUGAAAGGAGUCGACGGGGCGCGCAACAUUGUAGUGGCGGCUUUUGUGGGAUGCAUCCUAGUAUUUCUGUCGCAGACGUGCUACGGAAGUGCGACGACCGAUCGUAUUUAUUUGAAAUCGCUCCCGUUGCAGGGCAUGCUCUCGUUUGACAACACCACGGCGGCGGCCAAGGACUGGGGUCAGUUGCGAAGCCUCAAGCCAGCUGCAGUGGUGUACCCCACCGCCGUGGAGGACAUUGCGACAAUUCUACAAGCUGUUGCGCGGUCGGAAUCUGAGCUUACCGUAGCGGCUCGCGGACUGGGGCAUUCCAUCAACGGUCAAGCUCAGGCACACAAUGGCAUUGUCAUCGAGAUGACGGCCAUGAAGGGGAUCCGAGUGAUGCCGCUGGGCGAUCUUGGAUCUCUCCACGUCCCAUACGUGGAAGCCAUGGGCGGAGACCUCUGGAUAGACGUCCUGAAAGCCUCUCUCGAGUUCGGCCUCGCACCCAGAUCCUGGACCGACUACCUUUACCUCACCAUUGGGGGCACUUUGUCGAACGCUGGUGUCAGCGGCCAGGCCUUCCGCCACGGUCCUGAAGUCAGCAAUGUUCUGCAGCUGGAAGUCGUCACAGGCAGGGGCGAGCUCGUGGUAUGCUCCCCGAUCUCUCACUCGGACCUCUUCUUCGCCAUCCUCGGCGGGCUGGGCCAGUUCGGCAUCAUCACUAAGGCGCGCAUCGUCCUCGAGAAGGCCCCGCAACGGGUUCGCUGGAUGCGCGCCAUCUACACCGACUUCGCGACGUUCCGGCGCGAUCAGGAGCUGUUGAUCAGAUCUAGCUCCGGCAGUCCACCAUUCGACUACGUGGAGGGCUUCGUGGUGGUGAACGACGCGAACCCCAUCAACGGGUGGGGGUCGGUUCCUUUCGCCCCCGGGGACAUUUCCGAGGCCAUGAUCCCGCCCCAGGCCGGCAAUAUCAUGUAUUGCCUGGAGGUCACCAAGGCCUACUCUGCAGCUGAUCUUCACAACCUGGAUCAGGUGGUGGAGAACAUGUUGUCACGGCUUGGUUUCCACCGCGGCUUGCUUUUCAAGACGGAUACCUCUUACUUGAAGUUCCUGAAUCGGUUGCAUGAUGUGGAGAUGCAGUUGAGUGCAAAGGGGUUGUGGGAUCAAAUCCCUCACCCAUGGCUCAACCUCUUUGUGCCUGCAGCAUCGAUCAACUGUUUCGACAGACUUGUAUUGAAGCAGCUCAAGACGUGGGAUUUUAGUGGGCCUAUUCUGGUGUACCCUUUGAACAAAUCCAAGUGGGACAGACGGCUCUCUGCGGCUGUACCUGAGGGCCCUGAAGAAGUCUUCUAUAUUGUAGCCUUCCUGCGGAACAAGCUCCCGGACACCCUCGGUGGCCCUCCAUUAUCAGUCAUGCUGGAGGAGAACGAAAACAUCCUGCGCAUCUGUGAGCCUUUGCAUUGCAAGCAAUACAUGCCGCACAAUCUAGACCGACAGCAGUGGAGGCAUCACUUCGGCUCCAAGUGGGACUUGUUUGUGCACAACAAGCAGUUGUUCGAUCCGUGCGGCAUUCUCUCUCCGGGGCAGAACAUUUUCUCCCGCCGCCAGAUCAGCCUCAGCAAUCACUUGGAGUUUCGUGGGAUGCAGGAGUGACGAGUGAUGCGGAUUCAACAAGACGUCACAGUGGAAGCCGACGAAACCCUAUGUCUUGAUGCGAAAGCUAUUAACUCCUUGCUGCUGUUAUUGGGGCUGCUAUUUUGGUGAUGGAGCAGGUAGUUAAUCUGUUUUUUUUAUGGAUUUUACUUGAUAAGUGAGAGUGUUAAUUGAGGGAAAUUGAGACAGAUGAGUUGAUAAAAAUUAUUAAAAAAAAUUAAAAAAACAUUUAAAAAAAAACACUUGGAUGAGUUCCUAAGGUAUAAUAGAUCUACCAUCCAUCUUAAUUGUUGGUUUUUCUCUUGGAGCUGCAGCUAGCUUUGGAAGAAAGUGAGAAAAAAAAAAAAAAAAAAAAAAAAAAGAAAAAAGAAAAAAAGGAUUUCUUUUCCCUUGUACAUAGUGAAUAUGAGGAAUUUGUAGAAUUAGCAGAGAUGUGAUUUGUAGUUCACCAAUUUCAAGCUGGAAGAAAAAGGGCAUGCAGCAGCUAAUAUGUGAGGUGGGGGACCUACCCAUAUUUGGAAGUACAUUUGAUGUUGAAGGAAGGACAAAUAUCACCAAGCCCCAUAUUGCCUUACAACACCAUGUUGUGGAGGGUUUUGUAGAGAAGUUAGCAGUGCUAAUUCAGAAUUAAGCUUUUAGGAUUAGAAACAAACAAAAUUGCUGAUGAUGAUUCCCCAAGCCCCAAUGAUCUGAAGUUGGUUGGCAUAUCUGGGGAUUUAUGUGUUGUAAAGAGUAACAUGGCAAUUCAAUUCCUUUCAAAAUAGUCAUUUCAAAGAU